AUGAUUAGGGCUGUUCUAGUGUUCAACAACCAUGGAAAGCCAAGGCUAAUGAAGUUUUAUGAACACUACUCAGAAGAAGAACAACAGCAAAUUUUACGAGAGACUUUCCAAUUGGUUUCCCGCCGCGAUGAUGAUGUAUGCAACUUCCUCGAGGGCGGGACGCUUGCCGGAAAGCAGGAUUACAGACUUAUAUACCGACAUUAUGCGACCCUGUAUUUCGUUUUCUGUGUUGAUUCUUCCGAGAGUGAAUUGGGGAUUUUAGAUCUGAUACAAGUUUUUGUUGAAGCACUUGAUAAAUGUUUUGAAAAUGUAUGCGAGCUGGAUCUCAUAUUUCAUGUAGAUAAAGUUCAUCAUAUUCUGAAUGAAUUGGUACUGGGAGGUAUGGUCUUGGAAACUCAUAUUAAUGAAAUAACCACUCGCUACGAGGAACAGGCAAAACUGGAAAAGCAGGAGGUGAUUACGCAGCGGUAUAUCCGUGCACAACUGCCGAAAUUGUGA